CAGUAAUUUUUUUUUAAUAUUAGAUUUUUUUUUAUAUGACCCAUUUACCGCCAUGGAUUCCAACCAACUAGACGUUCAAAAAUCCCAAAGCUCUUACCUUUAAAGAAAAUGCCAUUGAGACAUAUCUUCAAGCACCUUACCUUAACUUCCAGCUAUGGAUUCUCCACUCUCUCACGCCGUUUCAUUCACCCACCUCUCACUCUCCUCUUCACAAACAUCAACCCCAAAAUCCAACCAUUGAUUCCCGCAGAGACUUCUCUUCCAUUUUCUCAUGGUUACACUUCAGUAACUGAACCUCAAUCUUCUACCUUACUAUCUCCUUAUAUCACUGUGCGUAUUCAAUGUCAAAAAGAGAUUGCUGAUAUGUUUUCUGAAGCUCUUAUGUGCUUUGGUGCAAGUUCAACCACUGUGGGUGAAGAUAACAAUUGCGACACUUCUAAAGAGAUAUGCAUGGAGUCCAUAUUUCCUGAAUCCGAAGAUGUGGAUGUAUGCAUUUCACAGGCUGCUGAUUCUCUAGGCUUAAAAGAGAUACCAAGUUAUGAAGUUACAACAGGUGAGCAUUAUGACUGGAUAAAGAAAACUCAGGAAUCAUUUGAUUCAGUUGAAGUUACUGAAGGACUUUGGAUUGUUCCUGAGUGGAAGACUACCCCAGAUGUUCAAGCAAUGAAUAUUAUUCUGAAUCCUGGAUUGGCAUUUGGAACUGGGGAGCACCCAACUACUAGAUUGUGUUUAUUGCUGCUACAAAGAUUGAUAAAAGGAGGGGAACGUUUCUUGGAUUAUGGCACAGGUUCUGGGAUUUUGUCAAUUGCAGCACUUAAGUUUGGUGCUUCUUUGUCUGUUGGAAUUGAUAUAGAUCCUCUAGCAAUAACAUCUGCACGUCAGAAUGCUGCUCUGAACAACAUAGGACCUGAAAAAUUGCAAUUACGCCUGGUUUCUGGCAAUACUUCCUCUCCUUCAAUUGAUGAUCAGAAAUAUGAUGAAAACCAGAGUUUAUGUGAGCCAGUAGUUGAAUCUGAACCAGAAAAAUAUGAUGUGAUCAUCGCAAAUAUACUUUUAAACCCUUUGCUAGAAUUGGCAGAUGAUAUUGUCUCUCCUGCUGAGCCUGGGGCAGCAAUUGGUCUAUCUGGUAUUCUAUCUGAUCAGCUUCCUGACAUCAUAGAUCGAUAUUCUCCAUUGUUGGACAACAUAUCAGUGUCAGAGAUGGAUGAUUGGGCUUGUUUAAGUGGUACAAAGAAAAUUAUUCUGACUGGCAGCUGAAGGAUAUUUUAGUGUCCAAACAAGAAGAAACAAAAAUGGUCAGUUUAAGAGCUUGGCACCUGAUGGGCAUCUCGUGUAUUACAAUCUUUUCAUCUUGCAGAAUGUCAUUAGAUAUGUUGUUAUUAUAUCACUGAUAACAUAUGAAAUAAGAUCCAAUUCUGUUGUCCCAAGUUCAAUUUCGCUUGCUUU